GCUUUAUGUUUGAUUGUAUGCACUUUUCGACGGAUACAUCCGCAUUUUCAGGAUGUAGUGUCAAAAAUGCACUUGCCUUUACCAAUCAGUCACUCUUUGUUUAAUAAGAAGAAGGAGGAAUGGCAACGCUCGCCGGUAGCGUCAGAAGCAUUGCGACCAUGGUGUGACUCGUCCCGUCUACCUUUAUCCCAUCUAGAUUUAACUGGAGCUGAUUUGACGGACACAUUGUUAGCUGAUUUACUUGAGGCUCAUCAGACCGCAAUAACACAGCUCGAUCUUACUAAUGUUAAGGUAUGUGCUAGCCAUUACCUGUAUCACCUGCGGUUUCCGGAAGACGAGGAAAAUUCGCCUAAUGAUUUGCUGCGCCGCGUUUUCGAGCCAUUGAACGAUUUGAGGACUCUUGAUCUCUCAUAUUGGAACCGGAUGGAGGAUCUCAGAUGCGUUCAUCCUCUUCACUUGACUACGUUGAUAUUGUUUGAUGUACCCGAUCUGUAUCGUACCAUUGACAGUGUUAUUACCAUGACUGAACUCAGAUUCCUUGAUCUUUCGCAAUCGAGUCGGGAGACUGGUCUAUAUCCAAGACCUGUCACAGCACUUCAUAAAAUUGUUACACACCUAAAACAUCUCACCUGUCUUGACAUUUCAUCUACGAAUUUAGCCGCUCAGCCAAGUCCUAAAGAUUGGCCAGGAAACGUUCGCUCUGAUAUCGUCGGGUUGCGAUUCCUCAGCAAACCUUUGUACUUUAUUGGUCUAUUCAACUGUGAAAAUGCUAGUCAUUUUGGUGAAAUUCCAGCCAAACACAUCUCGGGGGAUGCCAACGAGGAUCAAGUUAUUAUGGCUUUACAAAUGUACAAAGAUCGUGCGGGCUUACUACAGUCAGUUCUUAAUGAGAGUUACCAACUCUAUCGUUUCGGAAACAGCAAUCCUCUUGUUCGUCACACGGAGGCCCUCCACCUGGUACUAACAGCGAUGCAAAAUCAUUUGGAAGACAGUACAUUGCAAAUAGCUGGAUCCGCCAGUCUCUUCUACAUAAUUCGAAAAGUCUCAAUGAAUAGGGACACCAAGAAACGCGUUGUAAGCGCUUUGCUUAGUGGAAUGGAGACGCAUAUGGAGGAGCAGGUAAUGGUUAGGAACUGCUGCCUUUCACUAUGCCAGUUUGAGAUUCCACAGGAGAUACUUUUCGAUUACAGUCGGUUGGCCAUUCUUCUGGUAACUGUUCUUCAACACCACAAUGCUGAUAAUUUGACACAACGUAUAGUGGUGUUCCUGCUGAAUUCUAUGGCUUGUCAUGUAGAAGGCGACCAGAAGGUUCAAGUUGGAAGCUUUGGUGCGAUCGAGAUGAUUCUCGAUCAGAUUCGACGAAAGCUGGGAACAAACGUUUGUGAUGACGUUAUGGAAGUUGGCUGGAGUUUCUUAUGGAAUAUAACCGACGAAACACCGGUGAAUUGUGAACGCUUUUUGAAGGCCGAUGGUCUUUUGCUUUUCCAUAAAUGUUUUGACGCGUUUCGCAAUGAGAGAGAAUUAGUCCGCAAUAUGAUGGGUCUUAUUGGAAACAUCGCGGAGGUUGACAGCUUGCGUUCACAACUGAUGAAUGACGACUACGUGAAGAUUUUCUCAGCUCUCCUUGACCUUGUGGAGGAUUCGAUAGAAAUCAGCUACAACAGCGCUGGUGUUCUUGCUCACAUGGUUAGUGAUGGAGAAGACGCAUGGAGAAAUUUGACAAUAAAACGAGAGCAAGUCAUGGCGAGCAUUGUGAAGGCUACGGAGACAUGGCGUCUGGAUACAAGACGUUUCAUUAAUUACCGCUCAUUUCGUCCAAUCCUUCGCCUUCUGCCACUAUGGCAUGCGUAUGCUAGUCAACAUUGGGCCGUGUGGGCGCUGGCUAAUCUUACCACGACUGAUGAAAGUCCUUAUUGUGUGGCUUUAUAUUAUUAUGUUAGGACAUGGGAUCUUACUGUACUUCACUUAGUUUAUGAUGUUCGGACGACAGAACCUGUUCGCCGUCUUGCCCUAAUGGUGCUUAGCAAUAUUGAAAACUGGGUUUGCGCACUACAGAACUGCAGUUUUUUCUGA